AUGGAGUCCAUCUUUUGCGUCGAGCAGGUCAACGUCCCCCCUGAGCUGGGGACAAUCAUGAAACAAUACACAAAGGCGGUCCUCCGCGAUAGACCGCAGGAUCUCUACAAGUAUAGCGCAAAUUUUUUUGCAGCGCUUUGUGGUCAGGCUGCUCCUUUUGACAAGGACGGACAGUAUGUUGAAUCAUGUGAGCAGGAAACGAUGGAGCACUUUGCGGGCGCCGAAGUCGACAAGGCUGAAGCCGUGAAUCCCAUCUCUUCUGUGGGGUAUGAGGAGACCGAUGCUGUCCGAGAAGUGUUUAACAAUUACGGCGUCAAUGGCAAUGGGCGAUUGACCACAGAGAAGCUGCCGGCAUUACUGGCGGAUCUGCAACGAGCUGUGGGGCUGAAUGAGUCUGAGGCCAUGGGUAAAAAAGAUAUUUUGGAUCUUCUUGAAACUGACGAAAACGGCGCGGUCGAUCUUUUGGAGCUCCGUCAGCUGUUUUUCCAGUCGGUUCAGCUUUCAUUGGGGAAUGCGGAAUAG